AUGCCUAUUAGUGGAAAAGAACCCCAUAAAAAAAUUCCAUUUAUUAGUCCAAUGGUUAGAGUUUCAAAUCUUAAAAAUGAUGCAAAAGAAUUUAUAAAGAAAAAAUGUAUUGAGUGCGGUGAGCGUUUUGAUAGUACAAUAAAAUAUCAAGAACAUUUGGUUGUUCAUGAUUUAGUAAAUUUAUGCUAUACUAUUGUUUCAGAUGAAAAGAUAACCGGUAGAUCUGUUCCUAAAUUAGACAUGUCAUGCAAUAGUUUAUGA